CGUGCCUAGAAUAGAAUUCAAUGAGAAAAAGUCUGUAAGAAAUUUACUCGGGACAAAAAUGAAGCGCUAUGUGGAUAUCCAUUUUAAAGAAGACUUAAUGGUUAUAAAGAAGAACUUUAAAAUGCUUCUGGGGGCAUCUGAUCCUGGAAAUUUAAAGAGCCUUCGGGAACUAAAUGACUCCGAAAUGGAAGAAAUAAAAGAGAACGGUAACAGAGAUCCUACUUUGAACCCUUUAAACUUCAACGGCCUGUAUGAAAUAUCUUCUGGCGCUGAUUUUAAUGGAAAUUUUUUGGAUUUUCCCGACCUGAGUCAACCGCUGCCAAAUGUCUCCAUUCGCGAGCAAUUGCGUCUGGCGUCAGCGAACCGCGGAAAAGUCCUCGAUUGGCAGCGCAAUCAUCAGAAACGUCUCGAGGAAAUUUGGCACUCUCAAUCUUGUUGGAAUACAUAACAAGUGAAAAACCAGGGAAAAACCAGGAAGUUGCCAUUUUCCCACAUUGCAGACGUUGAUUGAUAACCUUGGAUUAACCUCCUCCUCCGGUUUCAACUUAUGACUAAUAUUGCCCUGUGUUGUGUGCCACAUUGAAUAAAACUUAUACAACAUUAGACAACUAAAA